GUGCGUGCGUGCGUGCGCACGCGAGUUCGCUGCGCGUGUGGCUCUGAGGUGACAGUCUCGAGCCUUCACACAAGGAAGUGGAGGAUAUAUCGUAGAACUGAAGCCACAGACGAACAGAAAACUUGAUCGACUUGAUCGUACAAGACUCCUGACUUUUCUAUCCAGCCGCGCUGCUUCAUAUGAGAGCUGUCUCCCAUUGAUGCUGAUUUCACAGCAGCUUCAUCAGCGAAGGAGAUGAGCUGAGAGAGCCCCACCAUGUCUGCACAUACCUCAGCGUCCUCCUUGGCAUGAGGACAUUUGUAAUGCUGCACUCACAUCAACUGCCUGUUAAUUUGAUAAUUCAUUAUCUGCAGCCAAACAUGGCUCCAGUCCCUCCAGGCGUCCUCAUACUGGUGUCCUUCAACAGAGACCAAUGGUACAAAGCUCUUACCUUCGUCCUCACCUUCCUGCUCUACACCAGUUUCCAUCUCUCCAGGAAACCUAUUAGCAUCGUUAAGAGUGAGCUUCAUAAGAAGAACUGCUCAUCCUUAAGUGAACUAGCCACCAUUGCCUCCAGCAGCAGCCGUAUCCAGCAGCCCUCCCUGCCAUCACUCUAUACAGACAUAGACUGCGGCUGGAAGCCUUUUGAUAAAAGCAACUACAAACAGCUGCUGGGAGCUAUGGACUACUCCUUUUUGUGUGCCUAUGCAGUGGGAAUGUACCUCAGCGGCAUCAUUGGAGAGCGCCUGCCCAUUCGACUGUACCUAACAGUAGGCAUGCUGACCAGUGGACUUUUUACCUGUCUGUUUGGACUGGGUUACAUCUACAACAUCCACAGUUUGGGCUUCUAUGUAUUUGUCCAGGUAGCCAAUGGCUUGGUCCAGACUACUGGCUGGCCCAGCGUAGUGACCUGCAUUGGCAACUGGUUUGGAAAGGGAAGGCGUGGACUCAUCAUGGGGCUUUGGAACUCCCAUACCUCAGUCGGAAACAUCUUGGGCUCUCUAAUCGCAGGCUACUGGGUCUCCUCCAAUUGGGGCAUGUCCUUCAUUGUACCGGGGCUUAUUAUUGCAUUCAUGGGUGUCAUCUGCUUUCUCUUCCUCAUUGAGCAUCCUAAUGACCUGAAAAGCAUGUAUCCUCAAAAGUCGUCUCCAGGCAAUAGGGUUUCAACCAAAAAUUGGAAUGGAGUAAAUGGCCACACCGAGGUAUAUCUGCAGUACAAGGGAAACAAUAACCAGAGCAACGAUACAGAGCUGCUGUUGCCCAGGGACAGUGUGUGUGUCCCUGUGCAGCCUGUUGUUGUGGUGAAGAGUGAAUCAGAACCAUCUGCUAUCAGCUUUAUGGGAGCCCUACGAAUACCAGGAGUGAUUGAGUUCUCUCUGUGUCUGCUGUUUGCUAAGCUGGUCAGUUACACUUUCCUCUUCUGGUUGCCACUCUACAUCACCAAAGCAGCUAACCUGGAUGCCAAGAAAGCUGGAGAUCUCUCAACCCUCUUUGAUGUGGGAGGAAUUGUGGGAGGAAUCUUGGCAGGAGUGAUCUCCGAUAAACUGGGAAAGAGAGCCACUACCUGUGCAGUAAUGUUACUGCUGGCUGCUCCUACACUGUAUGGCUUUUCCAUGAUCAGUAAAUUCGGUCUAGGACCAACUAUUGGGAUGCUGUUAGUGUGUGGAGGCCUUGUGAAUGGGCCAUAUGCCCUUAUCACAACUGCAGUGUCUGCUGAUUUGGGGACCCACAAGAGUCUGAAAGGCAAUGCCAGAGCAUUAUCUACUGUCACUGCUAUCAUUGAUGGCACAGGAUCUGUAGGAGCAGCACUGGGCCCCCUGCUGGCUGGACUGUUAUCUGCUGGUGGCUGGGAUCAGGUCUUCUACAUGCUGAUGACUGCUGACUUCCUUGCUCUGCUGCUUUUGCUCCGGCUCGUGUCAAAAGAGGUGUUCUCAUCUAAGUCCCAUCCUAUCUCUGCUGUAGAGUUGAAGGAACACUGAGCACUUUGACUGCACUGCCUCCGUACUCACGUGCGCACACACACGAAGUGCAUUGAAACCACUUGUCUACAUUUGACUUUGACUGUGGUUAUGUCAAGAACUGGACUGGACAUAUUAAUUCUCACAUAGGUCCAUAAUGAACCAACACGUGUAUCUAUUAGCAUGCAGACACACUGCUGAGGAGGAACUGAGGUUUAGGCUGGUUGACCAAACAGAACAUCAGCAAAUUUCAGACUGGGUUGUAGUCUGAACUUACUGUACUUGUUCUGUGCAAAAGAAUGCACAUGUAGUCAUCUUUUUGUCUCCUUUUCAACUCUUGAACUCAGUUUGAACAUGAACCAACUGUGUGUUUAAUCUACAGAUAUAUAAAACUGGCCUUACUUUUGAUAUUAGUAUCGGGACUGAAUAUACUAGCAGCAAUGUUUCUUUAAGUAGCAGUGUUUGAAAUAGCAACUUCCACAGCUGUAUUCUUAUGGAUUGUUCUCUAACUAUGGAUACCGUCUGUUCUUAUCCUUACAAACUCAUCAGACUCUGAUGAGACAUCUGUCACUUUACCAGCCAAGUUUACAUCUAAACUAAACCAUCUUAACAGGAACUAUUCAUAGAUUUAUACCUGGACCCAGCCUUUCAGUGAGACUAUGGCACAAUCUUCCCUGGAUUCAGACCUGCAAAUUACUGUGGUUUUGUGGUCUUUGACAGCUUGAAAAACAGCCAACAAUCGGCAUUCAUGGGACUGAAUAUGAAUAUGGUCUUCAGAAUUGGGGAGCCUUGCCAGAUCUAGUAAAAUUUGCCACAAGCAUGUAGAUUUUUGCAAUUCAGAAAUCUUUAGUUGUACAAAAGCAUGAACCUUUUCUCACAACUGUUAUUGAAGCAUGCAUGUAACCAAACAGUGAUUUAAGAUGGAUUUAUGUAACAGUCACUAAUGACUUACUAAAGCAGACAACUAUAUUUGAUUAGAAACAAAUACAUUUUUGUUGUUUAUGCACUACAUGUUAGCUAGCAUGAGACCCUUAAGUAACCAAACUCAUAAGGCUACUAUAAUAGUUUUCUGCUCUUUAAUUCAGUGGCAAAAAUACAUGACAACAUAUAUACUUUAGUUUUAUUGUACUGCAUCUUCUACUCCACCCAAGUAUUUAUUAUCCAUUCCAAAGCACUUGUACCAUUGUGGUACUCCAAAGGGCCACCAAAACUGGCAACUCUGCUGUCAAUGAGCAUUAGUCCCAUGUUUGUGCCCUGCACUGCCAUUUGUGUAUGAAUAGUCUGGUGUAUUUUAGAGAUAUUGUAUAUUUGACUUAUGAUUCAGUUAUUUGAUGUCAUGCGGUACCACCUAUUCAAGCAUGGCAAGCCACAUGAAGGUUAUAACUUGAAAGUAGUUCCUAACGAUAUAGAACUACAAGAACGAUGUUUCUCUUGGUCCUUGUUUUUGAAAUACCGUACCUUCUUUUGUUCUACUUUCAACGUGCAUACCUCCAGCUAAAGAAAUAUAAACAGAUCUAUCUACAUGGAUAAGUUUCAUUAGAGGGAUAAGAGGAAACACUAUAUGUUUGUCUGUAAAUAUGUGGACUGACCCUUUGGAAAUGUUUAUAUCAUCCCACCUUUAAGCAGGUGCUUUUAAACUUCCAGUACACUGUGUGUUUCCAUGUGACAUGACAGUCUCCCCACUGUGUCUCUGUUUUUACUAUUUAAAUUAAUACUGACCACUAUGACUGUCCUGUGUUUGUGGAAGUUGCUGUUUCAGUGUCACCUUUGCCUUACCAAAGAGACUAUGGGAUUGUAGUGUAAUUUAAAUAACAGACUACAUAUUUUGCAAAUGAUUUAACUUAUUUCUGUUAGUUUUGUGGUGUUUGAUUAGUUUUUUCCCUUAAUUUUGUUAUUAAAUAAAGUCACCAAAGCUUUUUUCUUAUAUAAUAAUUCCGGGUAUAAUGUGUUUACCUGUGUAGGAGUCGGGGGACGAGAUAUUUUGAAUGUAUAGUUGGCAAAUCUUAUGGUUAUAUUUUACAGUGCAAUGUGGACAAGUAAAGUUGUUGUUUUAGCCUUUGAUGCGCAGUGUGGGUCUGGAGAUACCCAUUUGGAUUUGGGUCACUUUUGACCCAUGUUGCACAUCAAAGGCUUAAAGCAAUUCUUAGAAUAGGAUUUUCAGUACAUUUAACUCUUCCAAUUUGUGAUCUUGUAAACAUAAAAAGUCCCUUCAAUCAAAGUUAUGAAAUGAAGACAACAUGCAGCGCUAAUAUUAAGUGAUUUUUUUUUCAGGUUUGUUUAAUAUUUAUUAAUGUAUUAUGUUAUUUUUUGUCUAUCAUCAAAAUACAGAAAUCUGUUAAUGUUACAUGAAUGUAAAUCUUCAGUUCUGGGAUCGUUUCCUUUUAAUGGUAGAAGUAUUGAAACCAUAUCCUGCUAUCUUUACAACAGGGUCACAUUUUGUGUACAUUUGUUAUGUGUCAGUGGUAGGCCUAGUACUUGAAACACUGUGUGCCUUGUUUGUUGUUUGUCUUCUUGCUGGGUUAUGGAUUUUUGUAUUAAAAGAAAUUAUUGCAGAUUUCUAAAAUUUGGAGUUGAUGAACUUCAACAGCAUUCUAGGAACAAAAUAAACUAUUUGUUUUCUUCA